GUUAUCACAGUAUGGAACACAGGCGAAACCAACAACAUCUAUACCACCAAUAACAGAUGCAGAUACUCACAAAAACCAUUCUUUCGCACGAAUUGUGAAGGGCCAAGAUGCUUCAGAUGGAAUGUUUCCUUACAUGGUUGCUUUGCAUUUCAAAAAUAAAUUUGUUUGUGGUGGUACCCUCCUUUCAAAUAACACGGUUUUGACAUCUGCGCACUGUGUUGUAUUUAACGGCAUCCCUGAAUCACCAGAAGAUUUCUUCGGUGCAGUUGGAAGUGUGAACCGGAGUUCAUCGAACCACAUCAGGUUUAAAAAAAUCAUCGUUCAUCCGGACUAUGACAAUCUCGACCACGAUGUGGCGCUCCUUAAGAUUAAUGGAGAAAUCCCUGAACAAGAAAAGAUUCAACCCAUAUGCUUAGCCGGGGAGGAAUUUCCAAAUAUAAUUAGGAAGAAAGUCACUUCCAUGGGAUGGGGAGCAUCUGGAGGAAAUCGAACUUCCAUGGAAAUUCUUCAGUAUACAGAGCAAAGAGUGGUUCCAAAAACACAAUGUGCUCUUUCGUCAUGGACAAUCAAUUCACAUACCCUGUGUGCACAUGGGCAUGGAACUGGAGGAAUUUGUAAGGGAGAUUCUGGAGGACCUUUGGUUUACAAUGCUACAGGGGAACCUGUGCAAGUUGGUCUUGCCUCCUAUGUAAACAGUCUUAUGCCUUGUGGAUCAUUUUUCGGCCCAGCCGUGUUUUCAAGAAUAAGCAAAUAUACCGAUUUCAUACGUUCAGCUUCGGAAGAUCAAGCCAUAUGUUACCGAUCAGAUCGUGCGGUUUGAAACCUGGUGCUGUAAUUUCAUUAAAAAUCAAGGUUGUCAAAAUAACGAUGUCUUACGAUGUCUUACGAGUAUGAUUGCAAUAUUUAAAGUGUUAUUUAAUUAAAUUAUG